AUGGAGGAGAUUUUGCGGUUGCUUCCAGUGCUGCUCCCCAUGCAGAAAUGGCUUCUUUGGACAGAUUUUUCUCCCAGCUCCAAGAGACACAGAACUGUGGAAGAUUUCAACAAAUUUUGCACCUUUGUCUUGGCAUAUGCUGGCUACAUCCCCUACCCACAAGAGGAGACCCCCUUGAGGAGCAGCCCCAGCCCCCCCAAUAGUACUGGAGGUACCAUCGACAGUGAUAGCUGGGACCCCCGAUUCAAUGACCUCCCUUCUGCUGUCUCCCUGCCAGUCAAGAGCAGAAAGAGCUUUAGUCAGCUCAAGCGAGCAAAACCAUACGUUUCCCUAUUCCAGCGGGCAAAACCGAGCAGCUUUCUGGCAGAGCGAAAGCAAACCGAUAAGAUCAGAAAGAAGAAAAAACUGAAGAGAAGAGAAACGGAAGCGCCUGUGGAGGAAGAAUACGGGGGGAAGCUGCUGAAGCUAGAGGCGGAGGAUUCUUAUGUUGAGACCCCCAUGAGUCCCUCAUCUGAGGGUGAUCCUCAGUCUGUGACUGACCAUUGCUCAGUUUGGGACUCUGACACUCCUUCCAAUGUCUCGUACCCUCCUGAGACUGCUGAGCAGGGCAUGGAGAUACAGAGUGUGGGCAAACGCACAGUCAUACGGCAGGGCAAGCAGGUUGUGUUUCGGGAUGAGGAUGGCACUGGUGAUGAUGAGGACAUUAUGGUGGAUUCAGAUGAUGAUUCCUGGGAUCUCGUGACCUGUUUCUGCAUGAAACCUUUUGCUGGACGGCCAAUGAUUGAAUGUAAUGAGUGUCACACCUGGAUUCACCUCUCCUGUGCCAAAAUCCGCAAAUCAAAUGUUCCAGAGGUCUAUGUCUGCCAGAAAUGCCGGGACUCCAAGUUUGAUAUUCGCCGCUCAAACCGCUCCCGGAUAGGUUCACGCAGGCGUUUUCUGGACUAGUGGAGGGAACUACCGUGCCGGCAUACUGCUUGGGCAGAUUAGCCAUGCAAAACACAGAAUUCCAGCCAGGGGGGCAAGAGAGCUCCUCUGAACUGCAGUUGCUCAGGCAAAAGUGUCUGUCUGUGUAAACAGACAUAAGGUAUUCAAUGUCUUUGAUUGCCAGAGCGGGAAGAGGCCUGCUGGCCAAAAUUUCUGCUAGAGGCUGAAUAGCUUUAGCAGGGACACACUAAGCUCCCCAGGUUCAGUUGGAUUUUGUCCAGUUCAGACUAUGAAUGGGAUGAUGAUUUGGGAGUGUUUACCUUUGCUACCUAUCAAUUUUCAUCCCACUGGGAAAGUGUUAAGAACGUGCAAGACUUCUAGGUGCUGAAGAAAAUAAUCAUCCUCCAGAGCAGGAGGAGAGAAAUCUCUGAAGAGUCUGAAAAUAAACAGCCAUAUGUUUUAUUGUAAU